CCUUGCUCGUUUGAUAGCGGCCCAUACUCCAGGUUGAGCUAGACUAGGAGAUAUGAAGACUGCUUUGGUGUUCUUGCUCUUGGUGGCUGUUACACACGCCUUUCCUCUUGCUUUCGAGAAAGGAAAGCGUUACACUUUCAAGUACGAAGCCGAAGUGGUGCACUCCAUCCCUGGAGGUGCCAGCAAACAAAUUGGACUGCGACUAAGAUGUGACUGUCAAGUGACUAUGAUCAAGAGAGAGGAGGCCCAAAUCAAGCUGGAAAACGUGAAGAUCGUACAGCUUGAAGUGUCGACAAGUGAACGUGAGACACCAAUCGAGGCCGUUCCUCAAGCCAUAGCACAGCUUCAACAGCAUCCCAUCGACGUGGUGUUCUCAGCUAGUGGACAAGUGAAAGCUAUCCGUGUGAGUCAGAAUGGCCCUGAAUGGUCUCGUAACAUCAAGCGUGGUAUUGUUAACAUGUUCCAGAUUGCACCCAAAGUAGAAGGUCAGGACCCCAAGCACAUCUUAGCCACGAAGGCUCCUUUGGUUAUCAUGCAGAAAGAGCCCACCAUUGUCGGACACUGCCCUGUGGUGUACAGCAUCGUGCCACAGGUAGUCCAACAAGCCGGAAACAAGGCCCAAGUGUGUCAUGUCACCAAGACUAUCCAGUAUGAGAACUGUGCUUCAAGACCAACCAUCAAGGAAAACAUCUUCCUGGGUCACCUUUGCCCAUCAUGUCAAAAGAGCCUUGGAUACGUUCCUUACCUUCGUCAUGCAGGUCAGGUUGAAGCUGUUCUUCAAGACAGGUUUUUACUCAAAGCCAUGGCCGAGGAGCAACACGUAUUUACGCCAAUGUCUGAGCUAAGUGGCCAGGUCGUCGCUAAAGUCAGGCAGCAACUGAAGUACCAGGCCCAGUCUUCUUCUCAAUCUGCAGAGUCGAUACAAUCAGCCGUUGACACUGCUUUGACCUUCAAACUUGUUCACCCUGAAGAUGAAGUGAAGCAAAACCAGGCCUACAAGGAACAAAUCAAAACAAAGUGCCGAAAUACAACGCUAACUUGGCGGUUUCUUCGAACUUGCUUUUUGGUGAAGCAACUUCUUCAAAAGCUCCAAACCGAGGCACAGAAAGAUAUAUCAAGUCACUUGGCCCAACAGACGGUCCCAGACCUUGUUGCCCACAUUAGGUUGUGUGAUGAAGCAACGCUGGAGAUUGUCUUCCAACAGGUUGCACAAAUGAAAGAUCAGACUGUCAAGGAUCUUUGCUUCGAUGCUCUGUCUCUUGCUGGUACAAAAGAAGUAAUGUUGCUAUUGAAGAAGAAGUGUGCCUCACUCUCCUUGGCCUCGUUAAGACGUAUCAUGAUCAGCCUUGUAUUCGUCCCCAAAGUCCAGCCUAUCCAUGUGGACACUCUUCUGGAUGUGUGCGAGAAUGUCCAAAUCGUCAAGAGCCACAUGUGGCUUCGUCGUCAAUGUCUCUUGUCCUACAGUGCUUUGGUUAACAGGCUAUCCAAGUGCCCAGAAGCAGAGCAAAGCACGGAUAUCAGGACUUCUCUUCACACUGCUGUCCAGACUUUGGAGAGCAAGAUCAAACAAGUCACAAGCGAAGAAGAAAAACUGAUGUACCUGAAGGCCAUUGGCAACGCUGGAUUCCAAGAACACCAAGCUACUAUUGUCAGCCUCCUUCUGAACACUCAACUAUCGACUGGGUUACGAGUAGAGUGUAUCUGGGCUUUGAGGAAGAUGGUCCACUUGAACAAAGAUGGAUUGCGCAGUAAACUCAUCCAGAUCUUCGCCGACCCAAACAACGACGCUGAACUGCGCAUGGCUGUAGUAGCAGUACUGCUGGACAAGGAACCAACGUUCCUGAACAUGCAACUGUUAGUAAACAUCGUCCGAAGAGAGCGCGAGAGUCAGGGUCCAAGGUCCAACCAAGUUGCAUCAUGGGUAAUAUCCAAGCUUCAGUCUAUGGCUUCGCAUGAUAAUAAUAUCCUCAAAAUUAGAGCCAGAUGUGCACGCCUAGCCCUCCGAUUUGCACCAAAGGUUCAGUUUGAAAUUCAAUACUCCUUGGCCACACGUAUUUCGAGGUUUUCUGAAAAACUCCUUAGCGGUUUUGAGAUGGAUGUCAACCGUAUCCAAGUCGCAAACAGCUUCAUUCCACGCAACACUAACGCGAGGUUCCGCUGGCAUAUCAUGGGCUACAGAUUUGACUUCUUGGAGAUGGGAGCACGUGUAGAAGGACUUGAAGAUGUCAUUCAAGAUGUGCUGUCAAUGAUUCGAUCCCGUCAGAAGAGAUCCAUUUGGAGUUCCGUCAUGAGUUUCUUUGAUCCUGAAGACAGCACAGCAAACCCAACAUCCGGCGAUUCAGAAAACCUAUCGGACAACAGCCAAACUAGACCAACAUCCAGGCAAUCAACCAGGCAAUCAACCAGGCAAUCAACCAAGCAAUCAACCAAUCAACCAACCACAAACCCAUCCCACGAGUCUAAGAACUUUCCCAAAAACACCGACGUCUCGAUGUUCAUCAAGCUGUUCAACCAAGAAAUCUUCUACACUAAAAUUACUCCCCAAAUCAUUGAUGAACUUGUUAGUCAGAUCAAGAGCCUCUUGUUGGGCGAGAAAGACGAGAUUCGAACUGCCCUUGGAGCAAUGAAGAUCACCAAAGACAGCAUUCAAAUCCAACAAAGUGUCACCAAGGCUUUCCUGUUUGCACAUGCUCAACAGAUGGUACCUACGCUGGCUGGCUUGCCUAUUCACCUUCAUCUUGUCUCUAGCUUAGUCACCGGUGUGAAUAACAACAUCAACAUCAAAUGUGAACCUUCUUUGUUCAAACUCCUCUCAGCAUCAAGUCUGUCAACCUCGAUGAACGUCAAUGCUAAGAUCUCUGUCUUCACCAAGGCUCACAUCAAGGUCCAUACCCCAUUCGUACGAGUUGGACUCAAGUUGCAGAACACCAUUCAAUUGAGGCCACAACUAGGAUUUGAGAUGAAGGCUCGUUAUGGUCACUCUUACACGUUUGUCAUCCAAAACCCAACACAGGUUAAUGACGUCUUGAUGAUCAGUCCCGAUCCAACCAAUCAACAAGCAGUUGGUAUGUGUGGUGUUGUCGAGAUCCAACAAGUACAACAAUUCAAGGUCACCGAACAUGAAGUUCCCUUAAACGUCAACAAACAGCAUAUUGUUCAGCUUGAAAGGAUGUGCUAUGGCGAAGAUACCACUGGCGUAGCGACCUGCAUUUCUGGACGUGUCCCUGACCUUUCUUCCCUGAGAUUCAAGGACAUCCCUUUCCUAACUACCCUUGCACAAACUAACAUUCUUGUCCAGUCAACGCCAAAAGAUCAAGUCAAGCAGAUUGAAAUUCAAGCAGAUGUGAAGCAGAAUACCAAAGAAAACAUGAUUGGACAAAUCAUGUACAAAGCAAACGGCAAAAGCACUAGACGUGAGGUCCCCAUCGCCUUCAAAUACGACUACAGCAAGAACCAACUUGUCAUCUCUGUAACCAAAAAGUCCCCAUUGACGUGGGGAAUGAACCUACGUGUUGACUUCAAACGACUGACAAAAGUCGAAGCUCUGCUGAAGUUCAAUGGACAGCAAAAGUACGAGAUGAAUUUGGAAAGCAUUAUUGAACAGCAGACUGGAAAACAAAUGAAAGUCAAGCUGGGAUGGAACAAGCUGCCAGCGUAUUUGAAAGAAGUCCUCAAGAAAUACGAACCCCAGAUUCUGUACUUCUUGCAAAUGUUUGGCUCAGUCUCCACGCAACAGAGAAGCAAGAGCAGGAUCCAAAUAAUCAUUCAGAUAACAUCCCCACUGACCGCUCAGAUUCGUGCUUCGAGCCCACUGGGUCAAAUCCAGACAAAACAGCUGUCUCUCCCAAUGAAAGUAUCACGCCUCCCUCUGUCUCUCCAGGAAAUACUUCGAUGGCCUUUCGGUCAGUGCAGGCUUCAGUCAUCUAGCGCACACCAACACAGAAUUUCAAUCUUCGACCAGAAAUCUUACUCCCUCUCCACCCGAAAAGAGAGCACUUGUCAACACAUUUUGGCCCAAGAUAAGGAAGGAAAACUCGUUAAAGUCGCUGUUCAAGCAGAGAAACAAGGACAACUGCGUCUGAUCAUUCUAGUUCUGCAACCAAGAAAGACCACGAUUGUAGUGAAUCCCAACCUCUCAGUUCUGAUCAACAAUAAGCCAUGCACAGAAAAGGUCUGCAAGGAGCAAGGCAUUGGUCGAGUGGUCAGGAGAGAACAACGAGUUAAAAUCAACCUGAAUGUCAAGCACUUUAUUGAAGUCAAUUACAAACGCGACGACAUCAGCAUUCUGGCUAGUCCCACUCUCCGAGACAGGGUGCGAGGUCUUUGUGGUGACUAUAACGGCGAGGACUACAAAGAGCUGAGGAACCCACAGGGAAAAGUUCUAUCGAGCAUCGAAGACUUUGCCCGCUCCUGGAGGAUUGAGUGCUAAGGUUAAAAUGGAGCAUCAGAUCACAGAUAACCGGACCAGAACAAGCUAAAUAGAUGAAUUCUUUAGUUUUCUUGAGGGAAUUUCGUUUCUAAAUGGUGUAGGGAUAAUGUAGUCUCAGACUUUAUUUUAUUAUUAUUCUAUUAUAAUUUUCAUAAGGUUUGUAGUUUUUGUUUUCACAAAAUGAGAAAAAUCACAACUGAAGGACUAAUGGUAUUGUCAAUAACUUUUGGAAUCUGUUAAAAAUAAUCCCUAUUUGUAGGUCUUUUAAAACAAUUCCUUUUGUAUAUCAUCGUUUCCUAGAUUUUGCAUGUCUAUUUGACCAUAAAAUUUAACCAUACAUUGUGUUUUAAGUACCAAAGUCAUUUCAUUUCUGUUUAGUGAGAGCACGACUGCAACCUUUAGGUCUUUUAUUUUGUCAUUUCUUUUACAUUUUUUUAAUUUUUCAAUAAAGGUAUUUUGCAUUGAA